AUGAAGACGGACUUCCAGUUCUCCAACCUUCUUGGCACCGUCUACAGCAGAGGCAACCUGCUCUUCUCGCCAGACGGAACAUGUCUCUUUUCCCCGGUUGGUAAUCGCGUCUCCAUAUUCGACCUCGUCAACUCCAAAUCAUAUACCCUGCCCUUUGCGCACCGAAAGAACAUCUCCCGCCUGGCGCUGAACCCCCGCGGGAACCUGCUCCUCUCCGUCGACCAAGACGGUCGCGCCAUCCUCACCAAUGUGCCGCGCCGCAUCGUCCUCUACCACUUUUCCCUCCGCGAAGAGGUUACGGCACUAUCCUUCUCACCCUCGGGCCGCCAUUUCGCAGUAGGCAUCGGGCGCCAGAUCGAAGUAUGGCACACACCAUCCACACCAGACGUCGCAGAAGGCGACUUGGAAUUUGCGCCGUUUGUGCGACACCGAAUAUACACCGGCCACUAUGACGCAGUCCAGAGCAUAGAAUGGUCGACCGACUCGCGCUUCUUCCUGAGCGCAUCCAAGGACCUGACGGCGCGCAUAUGGGGCGUAGACCAAGACGACGGCAGUGCCCAAACUACCCUGGGCGGACACAGGCAAGCCAUCGUCGGUGCAUGGUUCUCCAAGGACCAGGAGACCAUAUACACAGUCAGCAAGGACGGGGCGCUCUUUGUGUGGAAGUACAUGCUGCGCUAUGACGCGCCAGAAGACGCCGACGAAGAAGACGACGAGAACCUCCAGUGGGGCAUUGCCGAACGCCACUUCUUCAUGCAGAACAACGCUCACGUUACCUGCGCCCAAUUCCACCCCGAGUCGAAGCUCCUAGUGACAGGCUUCUCCCACGGCCUCUUCUUUAUCCACGAACUGCCAGACUUUGCGCAGAUACAAAAUCUCAGCAUAUCCCAGAACGACAUCGACUUUGUUGCCAUGAACAAGACGGGAGAGUGGCUUGCCUUUGGCGCAUCUAAGCUGGGUCAGCUGCUCGUCUGGGAAUGGCAGUCCGAGUCGUACGUCUUGAAGCAGCAAGGACACUUCGACUCGAUGAACACCAUCGCAUAUUCUCCCGAAGGUCAGCGCAUAAUCACAGCCGCAGACGAUGGCAAGAUCAAAGUCUGGGACGUCAAUUCAGGCUUCUGCGUCGUCACCUUCACAGAGCACAUGGGCGGCGUGUCGGCCUGCGAGUUUGCAAAACGCGGCAACGUGCUCUUCACAGCCAGUCUAGACGGCUCAGUGCGAGCCUGGGACCUGAUCCGAUACCGCAACUUCCGCACAUUUACAGCACCGUCGAGGCUAUCCUUCUCGUCCUUGGCUGUCGACCCCAGUGGCGAAGUAGUGUGCGCAGGCUCCAUCGACUCCUUUGACAUCCACAUUUGGUCUGUCCAGACCGGCCAGCUUCUCGACCGACUAUCAGGACACGAAGGUCCGGUCUCGUCGCUAGCUUUUUCACCAGAUGCAAGCACUCUGGUUAGCGGAAGUUGGGACAAGACCGUUCGCGUCUGGAACAUCUUCGCUCGCACACAGACGAGCGAGCCCUUACAGCUAAUGGCGGACAUUCUCUGCGUCGCAUUCCGACCCGACUCAAAACAAAUAGCUGUCACAACCCUCGAUGGCCAGUUGACGUUCUGGAACGUAUCGGAUGCUGCACAGGAGAAUGGCGUCGAUGCGCGAAGGGACGUUUCUGGAGGUCGGAAAAUGUCGGACCGGAGGACCGCUGCCAACGUCGCUGGCACCAAAGCUUUCACCACAGUCAGAUACAGUGCAGAUGGAACAUGCGUACUAGCUGGCGGAAACAGCAAAUACAUAUGCUUGUAUGACGUGCAGUCUGGUGCACUCCUUAAGAAAUUCACGGUCUCCGUCAACCUCUCUCUUGAUGGCACUCAAGAAUUCCUAAAUAGCAAGCUCCUUACUGCUGCUGGACCACAGGGUCUCAUAGACGACCAGGGAGAAGCAUCAGACCUCGAGGAUCGACGCGACACAACACUUCCUGGCGCACAGAAGGGCGUUGGCGCAAGGCGAACACGACCUGAAGUUCGCGUCCCUGCGGUCGCUUUCUCACCCACAGGACGUGCAUUUUGUGCUGCGAGCACCGAAGGCCUUUUGAUCUACUCACUUGACAAUACGUUCCAGUUCGAUCCUUUCGACCUGGACAUCAGUGUCACACCCUCCACAACCCUCGAUACCCUCGCACAGAAAGACUACCUCAAGGCUUUAGUCAUGGCUUUUCGCCUGAACGAGCGCAAUCUCGUCCGCCGUGUGUACGAAGCCACCCCAGUCUCCGACAUCCCACUUGUCGUCAAAGACCUGCCCUCUGUCUAUCUUGGUCGCCUACUGCGCUUCGUCGCACUGCAAGCUGAUGAAUCGCCACAUCUUGAGUUCAAUUUAGUAUGGAUAGAAUCGCUACUCAGCAAGCACGGACGAUGGAUGAAAGACAACAAGACCGGACUGGAAGCCGAGCUGCGCAGUGUAGAGAAGGCUGUGCGACGUAUUCAAAGUGAACUCGCGAAAUUAGCUGAUGAGAAUAUAUAUCGCAUUGAGUACUUGCUGGCUCAGCCAAUCGAGAAGAAGGCGAAAGGCUACCAACUCGACUUUGAGGUCAAGGCGAUUGAGAAUGGGGUUGUUGACGAAGAGAUGGCAGAUGAUGAUAGUUCGGACGAUGAAGCUGGGGAAUGGCUGGGAUUCGACUGA